GCAUCCUUUUUCUUCUUUAUUUUCUUUUUCUUGUUUUAUAUACCCUUUAUUCUUUCAUUAUGCCAGCUACCAUGACAUUUUCUACUAUGAAUAAUUACUAUGAUCCAGUUAUGAAUGAAUAUUGUAAAGUACGUCCAGAUUAUCGCAAGACAAGGCACUCUAGCUUAAUUAUAGAUAGACAGCGUAGAGGUAUGAGGCCUGUAAGAUCUACUCAAUCAUUAAAAUAUCAUCCUCACUCGCAGCUUAGAAAAGACUUUAUACACCUACUUCCAUAUGAAAUCAUUUUUCAAAUCAUAUCCUAUUUAGACAUUCAAACACUUUGUAAUCUAUUUACAGUUUCAAAAGCAUGGUACAGAAUCGCACGAUCUAACGAAGCAUGGAAAAUGCAAUUUUAUAAUACAUUUUAUGUAAAGUCUGACUUUUACGACCAAUCAUUCGACUGGCAGCAUAUCUAUAAACAGCAUCACAUCUUAAACACACGUUGGACCAGAGGACAGGUUGUGACACACUAUUUGAUUGGACAUCUCGAUAGCGUUUACUGCUUACAGUUUGAUAAGAAUAAACUCAUUACGGGUAGCCGGGAUAGGUCGAUCAAACUAUGGGAUUUGAACACCUAUCAAUGUCUUCAUACGCUCUAUGGACACGACGCCAGCGUGCUUUGUUUAAAAUAUGACAAUCGGAUCAUGAUAUCUGGAUCAUCUGAUACGACGAUUAUCGUGUGGAGUAUGCAAACACUUCAGCCCAUCACGCGGCUUUAUGGCCACACAGCCGGUGUACUCGACGUUUGUUUUGACGAUCGACACAUUGUCAGUUGUUCCAAAGACGGUACGAUCCGCAUAUGGGAUAUUUUCACUGGUCAGUUAUUGCGCACCCUGUUAGCUCAUAGAGGACCUGUGAAUGCGAUUCAGUUGGUUGACAAUCGACUGGUCUCAGCCUCGGGGGAUGGGCUCAUCAAGAUGUGGGAUAUUACAACUGGAGAAUGUUUACGUAAAUAUGUCGGUCAUACAAGGGGGUUAGCUUGUGUCAAGUUUGAUGGCAAGAGAAUUGUCAGCGGAUCGAACGAUAAGACGAUCAAAGUCUGGGAUGCAGAAACUACACAAUGUCUCUUGACAUUAGAAGGGCACACAGACCUUGUGAGAACGCUUUGUUUUGAUGACAGCCGUAUUAUUAGUGCAAGCUAUGAUCAGAGUAUACGUGUUUGGGAUAUACAAACAGGAGCAUGUUUACUCAACUUUCAAAGUGGACAUUCAAGCUGGAUAUUUGAUGUUCAAUUUGAUGCAAUGAAGAUCGUUAGCGCCAGCCAAGAUCAGCGUAUUUUAAUCAUGGACUUUACGACAGGAUUGGAUACCAAUUACUUUUAAUAGUGUGUAAAUAAAAAGAACUGUGGUUUUUAUGCUUAUAAAAUGUUAUCUGUCAAAUGUACAUAUAAUAAUGAUCAUCCGUUGGAUAUUUUAUAAACUCGAUACAGUCAACAAACAUAACGCGUAAGCCAAUGUGGUCCAUCUUGUUUCUAAUAUACGUAUAUAUAUAUGUGUGUAUACGCAAUGACUUUAUUUUUCUCACCAUGUCUGAUUGUGUGAAAAAGUACUACGGAUUGACACAUACUAUAGUUUGAAUAUGUUAGAAUCUGUGAGGGCAAUCUGAGCUCUCAACUCAUUC